GCGCCUGCCCGGACCGUCGAGGGACCACAGCAGCAGCUGCGCGUCAUGGAGACGGCGGCCCUGUCCACCGGAAUUGCUAUGACCAACGCGCUGCCAGCCAUGGCAACCUGGAGUGAGGGCUCUGAGCCAGGCUUGACCUUUGCCGUUUUCCUGGUGGGCUUGGUGAUCUCUCAGGCACGCAAGUUGGUGGAGAACAGGUGGCUGAAUUGA